GCUGGGGAGGCGGCGGCGGGGCGGGUUCCGCUGAGGCGGCUCUGACCGAGUUCCCCUCCGCGUCUCUCCAUCAUGUCCGAGGCCGCGGUGGCCGACACGCGGCGCCUGAACUCGAAGCCGCAGGACCUGACGGACGCCUACGGGCCGCCCAGCAACUUCCUGGAGAUCGACAUCUUCAACCCGCAGACCGUGGGCGUCGGGCGGGCCCGCUACACGAGCUACGAGCUCCGCAUGAGGACCAACCUGCCCAUCUUCAAACUGAAAGAGUCCUGCGUGAGGCGACGAUACAGUGACUUUGAAUGGCUGAAGAAUGAGCUGGAGCGUGACAGCAAGAUUGUGGUGCCUCCAUUGCCAGGCAAAGCCUUGAAGCGCCAGCUUCCUUUCCGGGGAGACGAGGGCAUCUUUGAGGAGUCCUUCAUAGAAGAAAGGAGACAAGGCUUAGAGCAGUUCAUAAACAAAAUCGCUGGACACCCGCUGGCACAGAACGAGCGCUGCUUACAUAUGUUCCUGCAAGAAGAAACUAUUGAUAGGAAUUACGUCCCAGGGAAGGUCCGCCAGUAGGGGCAUCUGGCACCUUCCAUUUUUCUCCUUCCUCUGCAAAAAUGACAUUUAUUUUUACACUGUUUCUUCUGAACCAGCUUUUUUUCUCUUUCUGAACUCCCCUACUCCUCCAGUGUUGCUCAUCACACCAUCCCAUUCCACCCCUUGUCAGGCAGCAGUGACAAGUUCUGUUGGUUUUUGGUUUCUGCAUGAAAGGUGAGGAUUUAUGAAUAGCUGUGCUUAUUAGUGGAUGUGUAAAGCUUGCCCGGAACAUGUGUUAAGAACACACCGUAUGUAUCUGAGCCUUCUGCUUUUGAGUAAGGAGGUAGGGAGUUUUCUGCCUGGACAUACGUCCCUGGGGAGAACUUGACACGGAGUCUCUGCUGCUCAGAGCUGUACUUCCUGUUAAUAUUAGUGUCUCUCAGCCCUGGAUGAUUAAAGCCAGUUUCUGCUUUCCAGUCCCAUCUCCCUUCUUUGAAGGUGGUGUUGUGGAGCAAAGCCUUUCUUCAGCGGUAAGACCUUUGGUGGGAAUCUCAAGCAGCCGUCCUGCAGGGACCCAGGCUCCCCUUUCCCUAAUUGGAAUGUUUGGAGGGGUUCGUUGCUAUCCCACCCAGGAAGAGCUGCAGGCAGUUGAAUUCCCAUGUGAAGCACAGAAGAGCUUUUACCAACUGCUAGUUCUGGUAGGAGAGAGGAUCCCCAAGGGAGUAGGCAAAAUCUGGACCCCAGCAAAUAGAGGCUCCCCAUACUUCCUUGGCUGUCUCUUGUGCAGGCUGCUCUGGAUUAUAUCAUGCAAAAUUAUAGGUUACAGUGGCCUGACCUACAGCAAAAGGCUAUGCAAGCAGUUCAUAUUUGAAGGCACAAAGGAACUUUGUGGUGCCUCUUUAGCACCUGCCUGGAAUCCUUUAGCCAAAUGCAUCUUUUCCCUGGUUUGUGCUGCAGCUGCAGAGGGCAGCCACUUGAUCCCGGAAAAGCUGCUGCAUUUGCUUUGUUUGUGGGGGGGAGGAUUUUGUUUUUGCAACCCUGUGCAAUCUAAAGCCCUUUUUGCCUUCGCACUGGAAGCCGUACUAUGGGAGGCUUGACCUGCUACUUCUGCAAUGACUUUCCCUGAGCUCACAGCUCCAUGCUUGCAAGAUUGCGGUGCAAAGUUCUCUGCUGUUUAAUGUGCAAUGAAACAGGAGAUUUUGUAGAUGGCUGUGGGCCUUUUGAUGCCCCCUAAGGAGCUGCCUCAGUAAAACAGGCCCCCAUAAUGCCCAGCAUUCUGUAGUUUUUCUUUUCCCCGGGAGGGGGGAAAAUAUCAGUCCAUGUCCCAAAGACUUUAAUUAAAGUUACCUCUUCUGCACCUUCCACUGUUUAGGAUGGGCAAUUAACUAUGACAUGGAGUGGAAAAGGAGAGGCAGUAUAUGAAUUGUUUUCUCAGCAUUCCUCAAGAUUGCUCACGUUGGCUGGGGUUAUUGGUUAAACUAUAUCUGAAGGGCCUCAGGUCUCCCAUUCCAGCUCUGCAUAAAGUCCAGUGGAGGGCAGGGCAGGGCUGGGAAGCAGUAAAUAAAUUCAAAAGACCAGUAAGCGUAGGGUGCCUGAGUAGCAAGCAAUCUUCCAGGCUGCCAGAGCUGCUGCUGCUGCUGCUGCUGGAAGGAUGUAAACAUCCCUGUUUGGAGCAGCCUGCUGCCACCUGAUAAAUCUGCAUUUGCUGUGGGUUUUACAUUUAUUUUCAUUUGGUGCACAAGUCUGAAGAUCAAUGGCUGUUGCUGCCGUACAUACAUCCUACCGUGGGGCUUACAACUCAGCAGCCUGUGUCUUCGGCUGACCGUCUGAUGUAUUGUCCAAGACUUGUUCAUAUUAAACCACUGUGAAGCCAA